UAUGGAUGUAACUCAGCUACAAGCACAGUUCAGUGAUACAUUAACAAAAACCAGUUUAUCAAUAGGCUUAAUUCUGGGUGUGAAAAUGAAAAUUUUUGAUACAAUCCUUGCGCUGGAUUCACCUUCGACCUCGUCUGAAAUAGCUAACAAAUGCUCUUUGAAAGAGAGAUAUGUCAGAGAAUGGUUAGGAUUGAUGUCAACUUCCGGUAUUAUUUCGGUCGAUGGUACAUCCGAAUCUGAUAAAUUUUAUGCCAGUGACGCGCUAGAAACGGCACUGAAGGAAAGCGGAAGAACAUUAGGAAUUUUGGAGAAUUUGUUAGCGCUUCUUCCCCAUUUGCCUGAACUUGAAAAGUGCUUUCAAUUAGAUGGACCGAGAGGUAUUCCUCACGAAAGAUUUACAGAAAUAUAUAGACUAUUUGACCUGAAUUCGUCACGGAAAUUUACCUCGACCUUCCUCCAAGAAUUUAUUGGUCACGUUCCAGACGUCAUAAGUCGUUUGAGUCAAGGUGGUGAUGUUCUUGAAAUUGGCUGCAACAGUGGCUUCUCAACUGUCGCUCUCGCAAAAAUGUUCAAAAAAUCAAAAUUCUACGGCCAAGACAUUUGCAAGGAAGGCAUAUUGAGUGCUAAACUUCUUUCACGUGACAUGGAGAAUGUUAACUUUUCUAUUCAGGACGCCUGCAAAAGAACUGGGUUUGAUGAGGAGUCCUUUGAUUGGAUUUUAGCAAUGGAUGUUAUACAUGAUUUACCAUAUCCCGAUGCGGCUAUAAAAGAGUUAUAUAGGAUACUAAAAAAAGAUGGUAUUUUGUCGAUAGUUGACAUAAAUGCUCAUAGUAGACCUUCACAAAAUUUAAAUAAUCCAAGAGCUACCUUUUUGUAUGCUAUAUCUUUAUGUCACUGUACACCAAUGUCAUUUGGUCUACCUGACAGUAUGGGACUAGGUGCAACGUGGGGUAAAGAAAGAGCUAAAGAUUUGUUUGAGGAAUGCGGAUUCCGUCUGGAAUCGGUGCAAGAUAUGGAGAGUGAUAAACUUCAAAGUCACUACGUAUUUAAGAAACUAUUAUAG